AUGUCUCCCACACCCUUCAAACUUCCCCCAGCAAACACGGUCCCAACCCUCUCGACGGGAAAGCACAAAGAGAUUCUCAACGCCCUAUUCGAGCCCUGCAAUGCACUCAACACCCUCGCGCUCGAGUACCUCGCCGCCGGACCGUUUGAGAGCUACGACGACCUCAUCGGAAUCGUGUACGGGUUGCUGGCAGACCUGAAUGGGAGCAAGACGGCCAAGAAUACGGAAUGGCUACUGAAGAUACUCGCAGCGCAUCCGAGGCUGGGGGCUAGGAAGGUAGAGAGCGAGUUGUCGGCCGGGGAGCAGGUCAGCCUUCUCGCGGUUAACACUGAAGAGGAGGAGGCUCUCAAGAGGCUGAAUGAGGAGUAUGAGAAGAAGUUUGCUGGUAAGUUCUCCAAGUUUCUAUUUACUUUAUCCUCACUUGAUCUCAUCACUGGCCCAAUGCCUGCCGUGUGUUUUGCAUUCUGCGCCCCGUGUCCCUGGCCGGAGGGGAGAAAGCCUUGAACUCUAAGUUGGUGGUUUCCAGGCUAAUGUGAGGCCAUUUCUAUGAAUUGUUAGGAAUGAGAUAUAUGUAGGUCAUCACUACCCAAUCGCUCAACUCAGCUCAUCACUGCGACGGCCACUCCAACGACGAGUUAA